CGAACGAUAGGGCAAAAUUUGACCUUAGUGACACCGACGCUCAGACGCUACAAGAAUAAACGUAUUUCUGUAUAUCUUGUUGUGAAAUUAACCAUCUCUUGCUUCGAGCUGUCGAAAUAUGGCGAAUCUUGAGACGAUCAUUUGUAGCGGUUUACGCCUAAAGUUUACAGUUUGUGUUUGACACUAAAAAGGAUCAUUUAGCUUUUUUCGAAUUGCAAGCCGGAUGUCGGGAUAAUUAACGUCUCCGUGCAAUGAGUCGUUCUGCUUGAAGAGACAACACGUCGUACGAGUGGGUUUACGAGCAUCGCUUCGUUCCACUGCAAACUGCUUCAAUUUUGAGGCCGGUUUUACCGCUAUGAAACGGCCAACACGUAGUCCUGGCGGCCAUAAAGACAAGAGCGAUGAUCAGGCCGAGAAUGGAGCUCAGAAUUCCCGCAAAAAGCGACGGCGUUGCGGAGUUUGCGAACCGUGUUUGACCAAGACUAAUUGUGAAACGUGCAGUAAUUGUCUCAAUCGUAGAACGGGCCAUCAGAUUUGUAAAUUUCGAAAAUGCAUCGAAUUAAAGAAGAAGACAAACGAAGCGGCAAGUGGCACUGUGAUGUCUCCAGCUGAUACUCAACCGGGAUCAAUGAAUAAAAUUCUCGAACCAAGCGAUCCUACUGCAAAAUGUUCAGCUCUUCCAAACGAGAUUACGCCUCAUGCACGCCACGAGAUGAGCCCGAAAAAUAAAAUCACCUCGCCCAAACGUCAGGAGAAAAAAAAAGCGCUGAAAGACGAAAAAACAUUUUUAAAAAGCGAAAGAAAGGCGGGGAACAGUGAGCGAAAACCAACUGAUGUCAAGGAAGAAGGUUUAAGUGUUCAAAAAGCGAAAGACGGGGGAAUGCAAAGGAAACAGGAAAUACAAAAUUUGUCUCCCAUUGAGAAAAGUCAAUCAUCAGAGGCGACCGACUGUCACCUGUCCCUCAUGACAAGUAAGGAAUCAACGAACGACCCAGUACCAAGACCUGAUCCUCUUUCAAGCAACCCAGAAAACUGGUGCUCUUGUAAAGUGAAAGAAGAAGGAAGCGUUUACAAACAUCUUGCAGUUGGAUCAAGUGUUCAUCAUGUUCGCUCAAUUCUGGCUGAAAGAUUCAACUUGAGUCCUGAAUCAGUGCGCGUCGAGAAGGUUUCCCAUAGCGGAAAAGAGGCGAAGAAUAAAGACGGAUGUCCGAUUGCCAGAUGGGUACUGAGACGCUCAAGUGAUGAGGAAAAGAUCUUGAGUGUGGUUCGUCAAAGACCCGGGCACACGUGUGAAUUCUCCUUCAUUGUGAUUUCUAUCGUGAUAUGGGAUGGCGUUCCUAGUAAACAGGCAGAUUCACUUUACUCUGAACUGACAAGUACACUGAAUGAACACGCUGUGUCUACCCCUAGAAGAUGUGGAAUGAAUAAAGAGAAGCAAUGUGCGUGUCAAGGCAGCGAUUCUGCCACUGCUGGAGCCUCGUUCUCGUUCGGAUGUUCCUGGAACCGUUACUAUAACAGCUGCAAGUUUGCAAGGAGCAAAACACCUCGAAAGUUUCGACUACAAAACCAAGAAAUGGAGGACUCUAUCGAUACUCUUCUGCAGGAUUUGGCAACACAAGUUGCACAAACGUACAAGACAAUCGCUCCCGAGGCUUUUGAAAAUCAAACACGGCACGAUUCUGAGGGUGUGAGGUGCCGUAUUGGAAGCAAUACGGAUUGCGCUCGACCAUUCUCUGGUGUCACCUGUUGCGUGGAUUUUUGCGCGCACAAUCAUAAAGAUGAUCACAAUAUGGAAAACGGCGCGACAGUUGUACUAACAUUACUUGGCGAAGACGCGAGAAAGCAGACAAAUUCCGACGACCUGGAACAAAUACACAGUCUUCCAUGCUAUCAUCUUCUUGACAACAAUAAUAAUGUUGUUCCACCCAGUUACGUCAUACCUAAUCAUAUGCUGAUGUCACCCAAGGCGUCCAGUCCUUUGAAAGGUAAUACGUCAUCUCAUGAUGCUGAGUUUGCAGAUAUCGAGCUCAAUGGUAGCAUGAACUCUUCUAACCAACAAUUCCCUGAGGACCAUCCUUCCGGUUUUACGACUCCUAAGGCAAACAAGCCUGAGGGGGGAAUCUCCGAGGAUCAAAGUCCAAGCUCCUCGAGGGAAAAUGUUCCUAGAGGCGUGAACUCUGGAUACCAUAAUUUUAAUAAUAGCUUACAGAAUGGUUUACCAUACAAAGAAAUGAAUGGUCAAAAUCAUUCUAAUUCCAGCGGCUUUGUUCCGAAGCCUUCUGUUAUCUCAAAUGGUUAUAACCAGGAUAUUUUGGAGAAGCAAUUCGCCGGGAACGUAUUUCCAACGGUUCAAAAUCCGGGGGUGUCGAACGGUGGUAGAGUAAACGGCUAUCAUGACCCACGGGGAUUGAACCCGGGAAAUGCUGUCCCAGAGCGAGAGCAGAUUUUUAACGGCAGUGCAGUGAAGCAGAGUGAUGCCUCGGACUUUUUCACGAAGCUCGUAAAUGGCAACAGUUAUCCCGGGGUUGUUGACCGAUGGGGUAAUGUGAUCCCGGGGUAUAACGGUCACUUCUUGUGUCCUGCAAGUGCAAUGAAUGGUUUUCAUUCAAACGAACUGACCAAGAAUGGUUAUCAUUAUAAUGCGCUGGUUAGGCACGAAUCAGACGGGAGUCGGCGAGAUUCUGCAUCCUGUGAAAGACGUGACCUCGGUCACGAAAUUUCUGAGAAAAAUUCUGAGAACAAUUCGGACACGAACAUUCAACAUUCGUCGAAUGUGAGUAAUACUAAUGAUUCAUUGGAUGAGGCCCUGAAAUGGAUUGAUGAUUCAAUGGGUGGAGUGGGGCUGGCUCUCUCCCAUGGAUCAAUAUUAAUUGAGUGCGCGAAACAAGAGGUGCACGCCACGACCAGAGUAAAGAAUCCCAACAGAAAAGAACCUACAAGGCUCAGUUUGGUGUUUUACCAGCAUCGUUUGAUGAAUUUUAAAAACCAUGGCUCCGAGGAAUAUCGCAAACACCAGGAACAGAAGAAGAUCGAUGCUGAGAAGGCUGCGUUCAGCUUAGAUGGUGAGUUUACUGGCGUGCCGUUUGAAGCUUUUGAUCUGCGAAUGUUGGCUGAGACAGCUCUGAACUCUACGCCAGAGGAACAAGCGUUGAUUAACAGAAAUAGUUCUGAGGGUAAUCCAGCAUUCGUUGGAGCACAUCGAGAUCAGGUCAAUGGUACUAAUUAUCCCAGCCGAGAAGUGUCCUUGCCUGUCAGUCAAAGUGAUGGUAAUAAUAUUGAGCGACCUCCUAGAGCCACUAAUACUCAGCCUACUACAUCACGUUCUUCACAAUAUCCGCUGACACAAACCAAUGAGAUCAACAAACGUCCUCCCAACGGCUCAGCAUCAGAUUACCUACGCUCACUCAAACGCAAAGAGCACCCUGAUUUCACCCAUAUGUACCCCACGUUCCCGUAUGCGAACACUCUCCCUCUUACUUCGUUCGUACCGCCCAUAUUUCUUCCACCAUUACGCCACUCGGGUGCCAUUUUUAACCCCUUUACCCCCGCAGGUCGGGGGUCCUACCAUGUUCUUAACUCACAGCACCAGAGUGGACCACCUUACCAUGAACUGACCAGGACAAUGAACCCUCCUAAGCAAAAGCAGAAUACGCACCCAGAUGUACCACCUCAUGAAAUGAACAGUCCGUUUGACGCGAAACUUUCGCAAAUCACAAAUCCAAAGGUACCAUCGACCAGUUUAAAACCAGUCUCGGAACCCAGAUGUUCGCAGACGCACGAAAGUCAACCACCACGUGAAGCAACAAAGUGGUUUGACCCAAAAUCUUCACAGAAUACAAAUGAUUAUUCAGUUGAGGCUUUGUUAGGUCGAAAGCGAUCUCACAGUUUCGUUUCGUCCAACAACAUGGCAGAACAUCACACACUAAAACAACAAAGGCUUGAUCAAAAUGGUUUCUCCUAUUUGAGCUCAGUUUUUAACAAUCAACCGGAUAUUCAUACUCGUGUUCUUGGUCUCCCUGUGCACCCUGAGCUAGCAAUGAACUAUGGGAAAUUCCCACCAUAUAAUCUGCCCUACCCACCGAAGACCAUCUUUACUGGUACAACAACGUAUGGCACGGAUUCACUUGUUAAUAUGUCGCCUUUUGCUGGCACUCUCGUUGGUGGCGGUCAUUACCAGUGGUGAGGUGGCAAGAUUGUGACAUCAGGGGAGAGAUGAAGAAGGAAAUAUUUUCACAGGUGGAAGCAAAAUGUCAUUACCCAUUGUCACUCGUUUGAACCCAAUGACUAUUCACUUAAUAGCCCAAUGGGCUCGUUUUUGUUUGACUCUUUUGUCACGUUUUGUGCAAACAGCAGGACGCAAAGUGUGAAUUAGGAGUUAGGAGAAACACAUUCGCGCGAAUACCUACUCGUUCGCAAGUCAUGAUUCCAGUAUUCUGUCGGGUUGUUGCAUGACAACGGGGAUGGAGGGUGGGGGGAAUAUCAGACGUUUCAACCCACCUGAUUAGAUCAGGAGGCCCACAAUCUAUGUUCACGACUGGGAAUUUUACGCAGGAAACGUAGACACCGUAAUGUUUCUGAGAUUAUCACUUUCUCAUUCAGACAGAUUUUAUGAAAAAUCUCGUAUUCAAUAUAAGACGUAAAUAUCCUGAUUUUUGGGGACGCCAAGUUGAAACGUCUCUAGUAUCGGACAUAUUUUGAUGAUCAUUGUAUAGUAUUUGAAAUUUCUCUUGACAUGUAGACUUUUUUAUCGUAGAAAUGAACUUUUUAUGUAUGAGUAUACAUAUUCUGAACUGUUGUUCCUGCAACAGUCUAAUAAGCAAAAACAUUUCGAUUUUAUUUAUUAUAUCUUUAAGAAUUCUUAAUAUUGUAUUUUGAACUAGUUCUUAGGCGAUUCAAAUCUAGGAUAUUUGUGCAAUUUUUGUGGGAAUGAUUUAUUU